AUGGUUUCCACUCAGAGUCAGGCAUCUUCAGACGAGGAGAUUGGCGACAAGAGACCCCAUAAACGAAGGAGAACUGCAGACCAAAUUGAAGAAUGGCGAUUUUUCUCUCAAGUGCUGCAGGAGGAACUGGACGUCGAGAUAGCACUCAGAGAACGCUUGUCAGACACCAUCCAGUCACGCAUUACAUGGGCGUUACUUCUGCAAGAGUCUCUCGGAAGAGACCUCAGACGUCAUGGACCUGAUGAGUCCGAUUUCUAUGAGGUUGCACUGGACACCUUAGAUGCAAUGGAAGCCCCUUGCGACAUCAUCAUUGACCGAGAACCUCGACUUCCUCCGAAGCCAAUGAUAGUGCAGCCAAUCGAGCAGGCUCCGCUACCACCUGAAAAUUCCGUUACACCACAGAUCUCCUUCCGUGCCGGUUCCUCUCGCGUACGCGGUAUGCCUCGUGCUCCGCCACCUCCUGCGAGGAAAUUACUCUUCUUGCACAACUUCAACACCGACCCCUCUGAAAUUGCGAAACUUGCAUGCCCAGACUGUAAACGUUCCGACUUCUCAAAUCUUCAGGGUUUACUGAAUCACUGUCGUAUUCGUCACCAUCGCGAAUACGGCAGCCAUGACGAGUGUAUAGAGAGCUGUGCGGCGAUUGUACCAGAAGCUGAACGCGACUGGGUGGUCGCCAACGGGACGGAGCUGGGCGGCAUCGGUUUACCGAGUUUACGAAGGCUGUUCCAGAUAGCGGUUGGAGAAGGGGAACAUGUGUUCACUCCGAAGAUCGAGUCGGAAGCCGUGCGUGGUGCGGAUAGCCAUCAGACCUCAGACCUCGCUCAGGACUUGACGCCUACCAAUACGGCUAUCACUCGAACAUUGGGUCACCAUAAGGACACACCUGCGCUUGCGCCCUUUCUUGGCCGAGCACCAAAGAAGCGCUGCAUUAAUGUGUACGAGGGGGAAGAUGUCGACAUCAUAGGAGGAAUUAUUUGUGUCGAUGGACGUGGUCGGCAAGCGUGGCAUAAGCCGUACACUCAUCGCAGUAUCGCUCGCCCAGAACUGGACCUGAUUAUACCUUCCGUCGAGGAGUCGCAGCGCGUUGACGGCGACGUGCGUGAUGACGCUCAGACUGAGGCUGGUUCGCUGCCAAGGACGGAACAUGCUGUCACCUCCAGUAUACUCGGAAGCCGAUUCCAUAUAACCGCUCGUCUCGUCGUUGUGGAUCAAAGUCUCUGGCUACCUUCAGAGCAUCGCGUCGAGUCAAGGCAGAAUCAUACUCAUCGUUGGCGUCUUUCCGUCACCUCUCCAUCCUACAGCCUGCACAUCACAAGCUUCCUUGCUAAGCUUACUGUCACGUGUCUCACAGAUCCACCACCGUCAACUUUGAUGCAACCAAUCACCAUCACAGAGCCUCCAUUCCUGGUCAUGGGCACAACAGAUAAGCCGUUCCUCGCUCGGGUCAUGCUAACGUGGGUGGGGCAUAUCAAUCCUCCAAUGGAAAUUGAGCACUGGGUGGAGCUCGAUCCCUUACAUCUAGCGCAUCCCGUUGUAGGAGACGAGCAAGUGUUCGAUGUUGAGUUGGACAGGAAUACCGAACUUCGCCCAGUCCGUGAGGACCUCGGAGCCAUACCUUGGGACGAUGAUCACUCAGCUGGUAAGGCACGUAGCAAGUCGACCGAUGAGAAGGCCGAAUCCGCUGGAGAUCCAGAGUACGUCGUCAAGUUGCGAUCGCUAUUGCCACAGGUCCCCAUGACACUGCGAGAUGUAAAGGGCCGUCUGCCCGCCCAGCUGCCGUAUAUGCUGGUAUCUACGCCUGCGCAAUUUCGGAACCUGCUAGCGGGGCGACGCAAGGCAAUUGAGAUGGGGCGCGCACGGGCUCUGCGUGAUGCGUACCAGCGCCAUUGUGCAUCUCAUCCUGAGCAAGAUCAUUUACCUCUCACGGGGUCGGACGUGUACCGGUGGAUGGAGGACGAGAAUCUCUUCCCGCGACCGGUGAGCCGCAAGCGGAUGGUUCAGGAAGCGAAGCCACAGGCGAUCAAGCGCGAUGUUGAACCCGGAUCAGUUGCGGCGCUCUCGGAGAUCUUCUGUCGGAACUGUGGACUUCAUAUCAUCUUCCAUCCGACCGGAGUCAAGAGGGAGGGACUGUUUCCCCCUGAUGUCACGCCGAGAUGGACCUUGAACUCGAUGACGACUGCGCCUACCGCUUGCCUCACGUUCAGUGGAGCACGUACUCGUUUGCCGCUGUUCGACGUUCUUUCAUUGACGGCCUCGCGGACUGGUCCUCGACAGUACCCCUUGAAUGCUGCAUUGUUUUCGGAAAGAGAUGCGUGCAGGUCGGGAGACACUCCGCUCUCUAUUUCUGCCCUAGUCGCUAGCACAGAUCCUAAUUUCAUCACAGCUCUCCGCACUCUCGUCUCGAGUUGGAACCUUGAACAGUUCAAUGCCGGCGAUCAGAUCUCCGCUGAUCAGAACGCACUACUUUCAACCCGCACUGAGCUCCAUCGGCCACGAGAGAAGAUGGAGGAGCAGCUCGCGCCGUAUGCCAUUCUCGCGUUGCUCACCAAGUCAUUUGCGGAAUUGCUCGUGCAUCGAGGCUUGGACGCCUUCCGGUAUGACGAGGCAGCGUUUCGUACGCUGGGUAGGGAGGACCGGUGGCGAUGCAGAGACAACACGCAGACCAACCCUAUUCGACUACUGACCCCGUCCCAUGUCUUGCGCGGUCUGUCGAUGCAUGUACAAGGACGACUGGCGGACGGCGCCGCGCUUCUCUCAGUAGCGCGUUUGGGCGCGUCAUUGGCGCCCCGCGCGCACAUAACAGAUGCCCCGACGCUCCAUUCCGAGGAAAUUAUUGGCCAAGCUACAAAUAGCGGAAACGAUCAUGUACAGUCCUCGCUCGAGCCUAGACGUGUUAAUAAUGGUGAAAACGGAGGACUCACAUGGGUGAGCCUGGAUACGGUGCUCCGUGACACUGCGGCCUUCUGCCACUGGUUACCAUGA